CUCCCCAAUUGCGAAGUUUCGGGUACCGUCAGUCUCCCCCAAAAUGAUCACCUGCCCGAACGAUACAAUGCCAAGGUGAUUCGCAAAAAUUACUUUGUGCUGGGAGAAGAGGAAAAUGAAGAUGACGAUAUGCAAGAACCAUUGGAAGAGGACACGAUGCAGGAACUUCAAGUCAAGGGCAUUGGCUGGUACGAUCAUCAAUUUGGAGCCAAAAAGUCUCACAAGGCCGCAGAAGAUGGACGCUACGAGUUCCAAAAUGACAAUCCCGAUGAUGCCAAUGUCAAAUCCUCCUACACGUGGAUCAGUCUCCAGCUCGACAAUGGCAAUCAGAUGUGUUUGGCCAAAUCGUAUUUGCAUGACGAUGUUCACGAAGCCGCACAAAACAAGGACAAACCCAAGUAUUAUGGAAUCAUGGUGUCACCCACGGGUGAAGUCGAUCAACUCGAUCCGUCCGACUUUGAUUUGAUUGAAACGGGAGAACUGUGGGUCAGUAUGAGGACCUUUCGCGAUUAUCCCACGAAUUGGGAAAUUUCCGUCCCAUCCCGGGAUACAAACCUGCAACUCAAGGCGGCAUUUGACAAUCAGGAAUUCCCCACCAUGAAUGUACAUCCUCAUUUCUGGGAAGGCGCCGUCAAAGUCAAGGGAACCUUUCGUGGACAAACCAUUACCGGAAAAGGAUUUGUAGAGCGCAAGGGAUUCUGUCCCCCAGAGUCCAUGACCAUUCAACACUUUUUCAAGGUGGUCAGUCGGGAGACACUCAAAUCUUGUCGCAAAGUAUUGCCCUUUAAUCCAGAAGGCGACGACUUGAACAAGCUGGUCUGUCACAAGGACAAUGCGCACUACACCGAGCACAUUGAUAGUGAACAGUUUUCCAAGGCAUUGGUGGAACCGAUCCGUGCCGUCAUGGAUCGAGGAGGCAAAUCCUGGAGAUCCUAUGCCGCCUUGGCGUGUUGUGAUGUCGUCGGUGGAGACAGUCAACCCGUCAAAGACUGGUUGGCAUUACCCGAGUUGGUGCAUGUCGGAUCUCUCAUUGUGGAUGAUGUGGAAGAUCGAUCCACCAUUCGACGUGGUGGACCCUGCUCCCACUUGAUGUACGGAGAAGAUGUGGCCAUUAAUGCUGGUACCAUGGCCUACUUUUUGGGGCAAAUGGUCAUUUACGAGGGUGAUGGUGAUGCACAGAAAAAAGUCGACAUUUACAACAUGUACUUUGAGGGCAUUCGGGCAGCUCACAGUGGACAAGCCAUGGACAUUCAUGGAUUGGACUACAUGAUGCCCGAUGUCGUAGAGAAUGGAGGAGAUUUGUGUCGUCAACGUGUCGUGGCAAUUCACCGUUUGAAGUCUGCGGCUCCAGUGAGCUUCUUUUCCAAAAUUGGCGCCAAGCUUGGAGGUGGAAGCAAAGCCCAAUCCGAUGCUCUGGGAGAUUUCUUUGAAGCCUUGGGUAUUGCCUUUCAGAUUGUGGACGAUGUCUUGAACUUGCGUGGUUUCACGGAUGGGUUGAAGACCAAGGGAGAAGAUAUCACGGCCGGAAAAGUCACCUACCCAGUGGCAAAGGCCAUGUGCCGGCUCGAAAAGGAGGAUAGAGCCAAGCUGUGGGAGAUUGUGUCUUCGAGGCCAGAAGAUAUUGAAACCAUUGGAAAGGCUGUGGCUCUGAUUGAGAAAGUCAAUGGCAUUGAAGGCAGCUUCCAGGAUGCCAAGGAUCUCAUUGAAGACGGCUGGAAGAAGGUGGAUCCACUUCUUAUUGACUCUUUUGUCAAAAUCAACCUGCGAGCUUUCAGCCUGUAUAUCCUGGACAGGACGUACUAG